AUGGACCAAUCUAUGACUCUGAUCGAUGCCCAGGUGCAAUUUCUGGAGGAGCGACUCGUGCUGGUUCACAUUCCAUUGGACCUCUAUCCGUAUUUUUUCAAGGCGGUUCUGAGACUCAUCUUCGACGAAAUAUAUUCCCUCGAUGAAGAGCGGGAAGACGAUCUCAUCCUCGAGGAUAUCGAAGGUACUUCGGAGCAAGGUUCCGACUACAAGCAACCCGCUUUCCUAAAUGUUUCCAUUACUCCGGUGGAAGUCUCAGUAAUAUGUCCUCGUCGACUCGUCCAGAAGUACUUCCAACCCUUACUUGACCAGCUCAACCAGCUCAACAGCACCCUCCGUUCUCAACUAGAUGUCAGCGAUAAUGAUUACAUCGCCAUGCAGGUCCUGGGUCAGGGUCUGGAAGCCGGCAAGCGCGUACUGGAACUCACCAGUCCACUAGCCAUGGCGGGGAUUUCUAUCUUCUUCAUCUCGACCUAUUUCUCCGACUACAUUAUCGUGCCCUUGCACAGCAAGGAAAGCGUAGUGUCAGCACUGGAGAACAGGGGCUUCCAAUUUGAAAAUGCAACAGCGGCCUUCAUCAACCCGCUCAGCCCUACGUCCCCAACCUCAGAGCGACGUUUCAGCGACGUCGUUCCACCAGCAACCCCACCCCCAUCAUCCGUCUCAGAAUUACAGACACGCACAUUUGAGAACCUUCGCAAACGUCAAAUCGUCCCAUGCGUAGAUGACACCCUUCGUCUCGUCCAAUGUGCAGCCCACCACCAAUACAACCGCGAAGAAAGCUCCAUGGCCAUCCUCCGUGAUGCACUGACAACCGUCCUCCUGGUUGACAACCCGCGCUUCCUCUCCCUUACUCUAGCAGCCUUGGACCCAGCAGCAUCGCUUCUGUUGGAAAAACGCCUCCUUCCCCGCUUCGCCCGUCCAACAAGCUCACCCCAAGACUACGAAGACGGCUCAGGCCUCCUCCUAGGGUCUAAAGAGGAAUAUCUCAUCCCCAUCAUACUCGACCUGCGUGACCUCCCUCUCGAGGCAUCAGGUAUCGUCUGCGGCGUAGCAGGCCGUCUUGCUGAUUCAGCGGGUAACCCGACACCCGCAGCAAGCGGCGACAGCAGUCUUGUGGGCAGCAACGAUAGCAGCGUCAUCGGCUCGGUGCCCGCGCUAUUCGAUACCUUUGGAUCGCGACUUGCGCUGGGACACAGAAAGACGAAAUCUCAGCAGUUGCCGCCGACAACACACCACUUGAAACCGGAUGUGGAUGCGGGUGCGGAUGCGGUGGAGAUUAGUUUCUUGAGUACGGCGCGUGCAGGGACGAUCAUUGUUGGGGAGGAUGAACUCAAGAGAGCAAUUGAUGCUCUUGAGGCGGAAAAGGCGGACAAGGUGCAGGAGGUAGUCGCUGAGGGGUCUCCUCUCCGUAUCCAGGGACUGGAAUUGGAUGCUUGA